AUGCCUCGAACUAGUGCUAGCGCUGACUCUAGCGGUAAGGCCAAGUCCAUACCUGUUAUUAGUCGUCAGGUUACUCGUUUAUACGAGAUGUUUUGGCCAGUCAUUGAUGUCAUCAACAUGGGAAAAGAGACUCGACCAAUGUCCGCUGAUGAGAAGAAGAGUUUUAAGGCGACGUUGCCUCAAGAUCAGAAGCGGGUUUUUUCAUUACUUGAGAAGAUCUUAGAAGAAGAUUCAACCCUCAUUGAGAGGGUGAUGCGUGCUCCUCGGGAGCAUACAGCUGCACUUACUCGUGACCUCAAAAAACUGCUGGGCGAUGGUCAGAGCAACGGCCGAUCCGAGGAUAUGGGCAAGGUUAGCCGAGAAAUGCCUGGCUGGGAGGCUAUGGCGUGGGACCCCCCGCUCGGGGAUAAAUCCAAGCGUGGUAUGUUUCAUAUCCAAUGCGCAGAGCUCCUUGCGCCAGUUCAAUAUGACUGGGUCGAUCCAAAAGUUCGCAAUGAUUUCCGAAACGGGGUGCUCACAGCAACCCCGCUACAAUUUCCUCGACAUCUAUGGCUGUCUAACGGCGAUUUCUACGACCCUCAAAGACCAUCGGAUGGAUUACUCCAGGGCGAAAUUCUGAUAUGUGCCGCGUAUUGCAUAAUGUUUUCCCCCACCUCUGUCAAAACGAUGAGUGCGUCCACUACUCAAAUCAGCGGGGCACGUGGAUGCUCCUUCAAGCGCUCGAGGGGGGGGAUAAUAGGCCUUGCGAAGGUGUAUAACCUUACCAAGGUAACGCCGGCAUUUAUUGCGUAUGUUGCCGUUGUGGUCCACCACGCUCUUACAACCGAGGCAAUUUUUUCGGAAAUUUGUGGCGGGUUCAAUUACGGAGUCUACUACAAUCAAAUUCGCACGUUCCUUGAGGCGCCAAGGUUUGCCAGUCGUGCUAAAGUCCUAUUAGAUUGGUGGAACAAGCGACUCUUUGGCUCGUAUAACAUGGGGAUGCACACACUGAACGAGGGUGGGGUGUCUACGCUUGAUGAGCUUGACGCGGAGGCCGAAGCUGACCCAGGGUUAUCGGGGGACAAGAGAGUGGGAUCCAGCCGCCAGUUGGAUGAGGAUGAGGAGCCAGAGGAAUAG